AUGGCACCAAGACUUGGUCUUGGUCAUGACAGCGCGUCAAGCUUUCAUGCAAGCAAAGGAUAUUCCAUCCCACCGACAAAAACGAAGGAGGAGAUUGAGAUGGCCAAAGCCACACUCCCCAAGGUCCUUGCCUUGGAUUCCAAGACAUGUACCGUCGAAGAAAUCGUCGACGCCAUGAAGGUGACUGGUGGGGUCAUCAUUCGAAAUGCUGUAUCUCAUGAUGCGUUGGAUUUGAUCGAAAGCCAUGAGAAAACCUUCGCCACAAGCAAGCCGCAAAUCAUGAACACUGUCUGUUUCUCGAUUAACCCGGGAGCUCACGCUCAGCCACUGCAUCGUGAUGAUUGGUGUUAUCAAGUUGUUGCGCAAAAGGCUGACAGGUACCCCGAUGAUUUGCAACGUGAUACUGGCAUUGGAUGGUUCGUUGCUGGAAAGGACGCAACUUUCGAAAACGGUGCUACGCGAUUCAUUCCAGGAAGCCAUCUUUGGGAGCAUGGCAGGGAGCCAGACGAUAACUUAGUAUCGUAUGCAGAACUAAAACGUGGCGAUGCUUUUAUGAUGUUCGCAAGCUGUUACCAUGGAGGAGGCGCCAAUACGACCAAGGAUCAGGAGCGAUUACUUUUCAGCUGCUUUAUGACCAGAGGAUGGUUGAGACAGGAGGAGAAUCAAUACAUUUCUUUCACUCGGGAGGAGACUCUGGCAAUGGAUAAGGAUGUUCAGAAGAUUGCUGGUUAUCAACUGAGUGAGCCGUUCUUGGGUUGGGUAAAGAGUACGGAUCCCAUGGUGGUCUUAGAUCCGAGCGCCGGCGUGGGAAACAAAGACCUUUUCCAAAAGGAGGACAGCUUUGCAAAAACUGCACAGCCUGCAUGA